AUGGCCCGCGGGCCCACAGCCCACAUGGCGCUAUGGCUUUUGACAACGUGGAUGGCUGGAGCUUCGGCCUCCCAGGUGGUCUUCGUAGAUCCGUUGGCAUGUGAAGCCUCGAGUUGUUGCGCAAACUUUGUGCAGCAGGAGGGCUCUCCGGCCUCAGCCGUGAACAGUGCCUUGAACGCCUCUGGGUCCUGGUAUUUUGUCUAUCAGGGCAAGGAGGCGGCAGUUCAGGAUGUUGUGCCAUCGGAGAUGCUGCUGCAGUCUGUUCCAGCCUUGUUGAGGGGAUACUGUAUGACUUGGAAGCAAACUGGGGAUGCGCAGGGCACAGCCACAGCAGAGUCUCAGUUGAAAGAAGACAGCAGCAAGACCUGUGCAACUGGAACUGCAUUUCGGAUGAGCUCGGAGGGUGCCAAACACUACGAAGACUUUUGGCUUGGCCCACAGCCACUGGCCUCUGCCAGUCGCAUUCGCCUGACCAUGACCACGGGCCAGCUGCUAAAAGCUACGGUGCUGGUGCCCAAGCUGCCCAUGCGCGAGGAAAACACCUAUUUUUCAGAAAUUUGGUUUGAUGCCUGUGAUGAGGUCGCCAGUCCCUUUGAAUCCUAG